CCCCGCUUUGCUCGGCGGUGCUGGGCGUGGGGUGCGGGCCGGGUGCUGUGCGGGGAUCCGGGGCGCUCGCUCCAGCUGCCUCUGCGGAUAUGUCGGGUCCGCGCGCGGGAUUCUACCGGCAAGAGCUGAACAAAACAGUAUGGGAGGUGCCGCAGCGGCUGCAGGGCCUACGCCCGGUGGGCUCCGGCGCCUACGGCUCGGUCUGCUCGGCCUACGACGCGCGGUUGCGCCAGAAGGUGGCUGUAAAGAAGCUGUCUCGUCCUUUCCAAUCGCUGAUCCACGCGAGGAGGACGUACCGUGAGCUACGCCUACUCAAACACCUGAAGCACGAGAACGUCAUAGGACUUUUGGACGUCUUCACGCCGGCCACAUCCAUCGAAGAUUUCAGCGAAGUGUACCUCGUGACCACCCUGAUGGGCGCCGACCUGAAUAACAUCGUCAAGUGUCAGGCACUGAGCGACGAGCAUGUUCAGUUCCUUGUCUACCAGCUGCUGCGUGGGCUGAAGUAUAUCCACUCGGCGGGCAUCAUCCACCGGGACCUGAAGCCCAGCAAUGUGGCGGUGAACGAGGACUGCGAGCUGAGGAUCCUGGACUUUGGGUUGGCACGACAGGCUGAUGAGGAGAUGACUGGAUAUGUGGCCACACGGUGGUACCGGGCGCCAGAGAUCAUGCUGAACUGGAUGCACUACAACCAGACAGUGGACAUCUGGUCUGUGGGCUGCAUCAUGGCUGAGCUACUCCAAGGAAAGGCCCUCUUUCCUGGAAAUGACUACAUCGACCAGCUGAAGCGAAUCAUGGAGGUGGUGGGCACACCCAGCCCUGAGGUUCUGGCAAAGAUAUCCUCGGAGCACGCCCGGACAUACAUCCAGUCUCUGCCUCCCAUGCCCCAGAAGGACCUCAGCAGUGUCUUCCAUGGAGCCAACCCUCUGGCUGUAGACCUCCUUGGAAGGAUGCUGGUGCUAGACAGUGACCAGAGGGUCAGUGCGGCCGAAGCCUUGGCCCAUGCAUACUUCAGCCAGUACCACGACCCUGACGAUGAACCAGAGGCAGAGCCCUACGAUGAAAGCGUUGAGGCCAAGGAGCGAACGCUGGAGGAGUGGAAGGAGCUUACUUACCAGGAAGUCCUUAGCUUCAAGCCCCUGGAACCAUCACAGCUUCCUGGCACCCAUGAAAUUGAGCAGUGAGGCAUUGCCUGAGGGGGGAGACCUGAGCCUGUCCCCUUUCCUCAGCUUUCCGGCUUUCCUCAAGAGGUGCCUCUCAGGCAGCCUGGACACUUCACCUGGGACCCCCUUGCCUUGAAAAACUCUACACAUAUAUGCACACACACACACACACACACACACAAAUGCACGGAUGUGUACAUAUGCCUGCCAUUAUGUGUUGGAGUCUGGGCAGUAGUGUUUCUGGAUCUACCUUGGUCCACCCAGGUUCUCCUUGGGACCUCAGUAUGUGGGACCUGAGUGUGUCCCUGUCCCUGUCCAGAUCUCUUCUACUCUUAUGUACUGUCUGGAUUGGGAGGAAGGCAAAUGGACCAUGGUCCCUGGAGACUCUGAGGGAGGGAGAGUCACAGUGGUUGGAGAUGCUCAACCAGUAAGUGGGUGGCUGAAAGCUGAGGCAGGCCCAGUGAGGACGGGAAGGCUGAGACCACCAUCAGAUUAUCUAAUCAGAAACGCCUGCUGAAGUUUUGUGGUUGCCUGUGAUAUGUAGGCAAAUGGGUAUGAGUGUGCCCUCUGGUAUACACAUCAGAGCAAAUGCAGGCAUGUGCUGGUGUGUAUGAAUUGGUGAGCACCCAACAGCCAGCAGCCAUUUCUGGUGUGGUGCCUACGCUGGCGAUACUCUUGCCUCCUCUCCCCCCAAGUUCCUGUUGUCUAAUGGGUCUUGAGACCCAGCUGUGAACUAAGGCUCUGAGAAGUGCCAAGAUCCAUACCAAAUAUAGGGUAUAGGGGCUGCAGCAGGAUCCUGAGUCACAAGGGCACAAUGCCAGCUGGGGAGCCGAUGAAGUUGGGAGUCUAAUCUUAAGGAUGCUAGGUGGCCAGCACCCACGGAUGUGAACUUGGACGUUCUUGCCUCUGGGCCUUGAUUCAAAGCUGACAAAUGUCUGUCCACAUUCUACCUCCACCUACCCUCGUAGCUCUGCAGCUGCGGUGCUGUGGUUUGAGAGUCACCCCUUUUCUCCCCAUCCCCAGAGAGGAGUUGACCUAGUAACUUUUGAGGUAGGGCCCUGUUUGAAAACAUGUUGGGGGUGUGACUCCUCCCUGAAGAGAUGAUGAUCUCUUGCUAUCGGGGACCAGGGGGGGGCUCUGGAUGUCAAGUGCCUGCACCAAGAGUGCACAAUAAAGG